UUGAAAAUUGAAAUAAUUGUUUAUAAAGAUUGUAUGAAACUUUAGACCUGUUAAGCCUUUACAUUCGCUAUUUAAGUAUGGCAUCAAGCUUGGAGGAUCCAACGAUGGAGCGACAUUUCAAAGGACACAGGGAUAUAGUGACAUCUGUUGAUUUCAAUCCAAAUAUGAAGCAAAUUGUCAGUGGUUCAAUGGAUUCAUGUCUGAUGAUCUGGCACUUUAAACCCCAUCUUCGAGCAUAUCGUUUUGUUGGACACAAGGAUGCUGUUCUCUCUGUAAAAUUUUCACCAUCUGGUCAUCUGAUUGCGUCAGCAUCACGUGAUAAAACUGUCCGACUCUGGGUGCCUAGUGUUAAAGGCGAGAGCACAGUUUUCAAAGCGCACACGGCCACAGUACGAAGUGUAGAUUUCUCAAACGAUGGGCAAUUUUUAGUUACUGCAUCAGAUGAUAAAUCACUUAAGGUAUGGUCAGUUCAUCGACAGAAAUUUCAAUUUUCGCUGAAUGCUCAUAUGAACUGGGUUAGAUGCGCUAGAUUUUCACCUGAUGGGAGGCUGAUUGUUUCAGCCAGUGAUGACAAAACUGUUCGACUUUGGGACCGGAACAGCAAGGAGAGUGUUCAUACAUUUUAUGAGCAUGGAGGUUUUGUCAACGAAGUGGAAUUUCAUCCCAACGGCACUUGCAUUGGAACUGGUAGUUCAGAUAACUCAGUUAAGGUUUGGGAUAUUCGAAUGAACAAACUUCUACAACACUAUCAAGCCCACACAAACGCCGUAAAUAGCGUCUCAUUUCAUCCGUCUGGUAAUUACAUGAUAACAAGCUCUUCCGACACCACUUUGAAGAUUCUUGAUUUGAUGGAAGGACGAUUGUUUUAUACCUUACAUGGUCACCAGGGUUCGGCAAAUUCCGUUGUUUUUUCAAGAAAUGGUGAAUACUUUGCUUCAGGUGGUUCAGAUGAACAGGUUAUGGUUUGGAAAACUAACUUCGAUAAACUGGACUACAGCGAAGUUCUGACUUCGCGUCGUAGAACAGUGACAACACCAACUAAACAUAGCCAUGAUCCGCCACCCACACCUGAGAUUCACGCACCCUCGAAACCUAAAAAUAUGGCAUUGAAUGACCCAGAGGUUGUGGAAGUUGCACCUGCCAUGUUUUCAAUACCCACAGAGGUGAGUCAGAUGGACAAGGCGACGAGGUCUGAGGCGAGGCAUCCGAAACAAGCUCCCAAUCAAGUGGAAGCACCGCUCACCACUCCUUUAGAAAGACGAGAAAUACCUGCGCAACUUGCAACAACGUUGGAACAUAUCGUUGGGCAACUUGAUGUUUUGACACAGACUGUUUCAAUUUUGGAGCAAAGAUUGACGAUGGCUGAAGACAAAUUAAGGGAAUGUUUGGACAAUCAGCAAAAAAUAACUUUGCAAAUUCGGCCAAACGAAUAAACACAAUCAGUGAUUUCAGGUACAGUGGCACUAUUUGGUAAUGUUAGUCGCUAAGUCAUAGAUCGUGAUCGCGAUAUACCAGCUGGAUAGGUAGCGGUCUACAAGCUAGAAUCAAGAAUUGCUUGACUCUAUCUCCUCAACUCAAGUUGGAGUUUAAAGCUCAUUUUGAUGUCUUCACUGAUUUAGUUCGUGCAAAGCAUGAACCGGUACGUUUUUGAAUGUUUAUCUCGGUUUCAAUUUGGUUUUGAAAAAUCCUUUUAAUAAACGUUAAAUUUACUAAAAGUACGCUUUGGUAAAUUUAGUGUAUAUGUUGAAAGGUCUAUUUUGAAGUUCUGAUCACAAAAUUCGAUAAUUUACGACUUAUCGUUAGUUUUCGAAACAAACCUGGAAAAUUGAAAUCGAAAAAGUAACCUCAAGUAACCUCAGAAAAAGUUCGGGAGGGCUUGGUAACAACUACCAAGUAUGUAUAUGUAUAUAUAAGUGUAUAUUAAAAUGUAUUAAUGUUCAAAUGUAUUAAUUACAUUAGUUGUUCAUAGGGGCCAUUGAGAUCUCAGUAC